AUAUUCUCAUCUUAUUAUCUUGCUACUAUCCACAUUAUCUACUUUACUCUCAGCAUACAACCUCAACCGUGCACUCUUUACACUCUGUACGCUCUGUACAUUAUGGAGGAGUCGCAGUAUCACUAUACAUUGUGUAACCCGUUCAAGCGCCCCUUUGGUUCCAGGAUGGGUGGCAACGCCAAACUGCCAAGCUGCCAAGCAGCAGGACGCAGGACGCCAGCCGCAGGUAGACUUUCCCCGGGAGCGAGGAGGGGGCCGCCUGGGGCGAAGGGGUCGUGCGUAUUCCUCGCUACUGCAUACCAAAUGCAAGGAACACGAUCACGAUGCCUUGACCCCCUUUUUUCGAUUUUGAUUUUACUUUAUCUGUUUUUAUUUUAUCUUACUAUUUUGGUUUGGUUUGGUUUGUUUUAUUUUAUUCAAUUUUUUUUUUACCUUUCUUUUCAUUUUUUGUUUUGUUUUGUUUUGUUGUUGUUUUUUACCUUUGUUUUUUGGGGGGUUUUUAUUUUCUGUUUCUUUUUCUUAUUAUUUUUUUUUUAACUUUUAAUUGUUUACUAUAUUGGGACAUACACCUGCCUUAUGAC